GUUUCUCUUUUCUUUUUUUUUGUCUUCCAAAAUUCCUGCUGUACGACGUCGUUUAAUUAGUUCCUGAUCAGGCCGGGAAAUACAAAUUGAAAUAAUUAAGUUCCAAAAUUCCUGUAUUGUGCAGCGUGGGAUUUGUAUGUGUGAUUAAUGGCCGGGAGUGGUUAUUUUGGGGAGCAGAGUUUGGGAUCGCCGUCACCGUCGCCGUCUCCGAGGCGAUCGGGGAAGAAGAGUGGUUCGGGUUCGAGUUCGGGUUCCGAUAAGCAGCCGAGGCAGCCGCAGAGAGGAUUGGGAGUGGCUCAGCUUGAGAAGAUCAGAUUGCAUGGUGAAAUUGCUUCAGCUGCUGCUGCUACGGCUAGUUAUCAUCCCACUUCUUACUCCUUCAACAACGAUCAAGAGGCUGUGGCGAGAGUGCAGACGGGAUAUUCGUCUAUGUCCUCGUCCUCGUCUUCCUCCUCGCCCUCCUAUGCCUUCCCCUCCAAUAUUAUGAUGGGGUUUGGAGAAUAUGAAAGAAGAAACCUCAUAGAUGGCGAUUCUCAAUACAGCACAGCAGCAAGAUGGGAUCCAAGCAACGGUGGCAUCUUAGAGAGUACACAACAUUUUGCACAGCCAAGUAUGCCAUGUUAUCUUCAAAAUCCACAAGCUGAGUGGAGGCAGAGCAGAAAGACAAAGAGCAAAAGGCAGAAUAACAUUAAUUGUGAAGAAGCAUGUGAUGAUGAGAGCCAAGAACUGGACUUGGAGCUCAGACUUUCAAUCUAAAUAUUAAUUAUUCAAGCAACCCCAUGGUUUUGGAUUUGGAUUUGGAUGCUUCAUCUUUCUAAUUUCAUACCAUAAUUUCCAUGGAAAUUCAAAUAUAAUUGGAUCUCUCAAAAUUGAUGUAAGUCAAGACUACACCAACUUUGUGGAACUCUCUUCUUUAUAUGUGCCUUGCUUUAAUGAAUGAAUCAAUGGGCUCAUCAACCCAUUUUUUUUCA